ACUGGGCUUGGGAUGGAUGGCAAAAGUUGUCGGGCAUCGGGGCAAGUAGAGCAUGCGUGCGUCCGUGGUUGGUAAUCAACGUCAGCCCAGCUGUACUGCAUGUCUUGAUCCCAUCAGACGAAGACAGUAGCUUUAAAUGGGCGGCCAUCACUCUCACAUCCAGCAAGAACAAUACCCGAAGCCUAACCCCACCUAAUAACAUCUCCAUCUGCCACAAUGCCCGCAACAACAACAACUAGCAACGGCGUGCACAACGACUUCUCCAAAAUCGCCGACACGGAUGGGAAAUUCCGCCGCCCCGACUCCAAGUUCCGCAACAGCAUCUCCUCGCAGCCCGGCGCGGAGUUUCCCGCUGAGAAGGGGCGAUAUGUGCUUUAUAUCAAUCUUGGAUGCCCGUGGGCGCAUCGCGCCAAUAUCGUACGGAGUCUGAAAGGGCUGGAGGAUGUGAUUCAGUUGGUCGUGAUGGAUUACGCGAUGGGGCCGGAGGGCUGGGUCUUCAACCCCGACCGCCCGGGCACCGACCCCGUUGAUCCGCUCUACGGCUUCACCAAGUUCAAGCAGCUCUACCUCAAAGCCGACCCGGAAUACUCUGGCCGCUACACCGUGCCGGUCAUCUGGGACAAGCAGAAGGAGACGAUUGUCAGCAAUGAGAGCUCCGAGGUGAUUCGCAUGCUGUACUCGGAGUUUGACGCUUUUGUUCCGAAGGAGCUGCGUGAGGAGAGUAAGGUGGGCGGCGGGUUGUUGCCGGAGAAGUUGAGGGGGGAGAUUGAGGCGCAGAAUGAGUGGGUUUAUGAUCGGAUUAAUAAUGGGGUUUAUAAGUCGGGCUUUGCAGCGACGCAGGAAGCGUACGAGGAGAACGUGACGCUGCUCUUCGAGAGCCUCGACCGGAUGGAGAAGAUUUUGGCUGAGAGCGAAGGGCCGUUCAUCUUCGGGAAGCAUCUGACCGAGGCGGACAUCAGGCUGUAUACGACCAUCAUUCGCUUCGACGUCGGAUAUCACACGUCCUUCCGGUGUAACUUGAAGAUGAUCCGGCAUGACUACCCGCACAUCCACAAAUGGCUGCUCCACAUCUACUACGACGAGAGUCCGGAGGAGACUCGCGGUGCCUUCAGGAAGACGACGCACUUUCGAGAUAUCAAGGCAGGAUAUGCCACGGCGGGUGGAAGCAAGGUUGUGCCUCUUGGGCCAUUGCCAAAUGUAAUGCCACAGGGAAGUGCAUGAUUUCGCGGAUACAUGUAGUCAAGAGGUCGCAGAUAUGCUCAACAUCGCAAGUCUGACGCACUUGCCCUCGUUGUAACACGAGGAAGUCACGACCAGCCUGGCGUUCCUGCCUAUUUUGUCAGAAUAGUGGGUCCCUUCCCUGCUUCACCGUUUGCUCUCAUCUCCU